GGUAUGGAAUCGCACGGUACGGAGACACGACUGUGUAAACCUAUUUUUGAGAUAUAUUUUGGAAUAUUACUCAAAGUGAUAUAAACUGAAAAGUUGAUUUACAGAAUUAAACUUUUUAAAUCUUUGUAAAGUGUAUAUCCUUCCUCAUACUUGAAUUUCUUAUGUGCGUGAGAUCGUUUAAAUGGAAUGGGUAAUUCGCUUAGAUGCACGGUUUAGACAGAAAGUUAGUGAGGCCAAGGGUGCCGAGUACGUAACAUUGUGUGACGGGUACCUUACAAAUUUUAAUUGAAGUCAAAAUACACCUUGCAAAGUCAACCUUUAAAUUUUGUACGACUCCCAAUAGAGAAAAGCUAAUCAUAAGGAAUCAUAAGAAAUCGAAAUCUAGCACUGGAAAAUCUAUAUCGGUAAGAGGACGAUUGGCAAUAAAAUAUUGGAACAGAGUAAAGAAAUUGCGACUGCUGGAUAAGAGUGAUAAUACUGAAAGUAAUACUCAGUCAAUGCUAUCACUGUCGGCCGAUGAAUAUUUGUGAAUUGUGAGGUGCGUGCCUGUUGGUGACAAUUUUCGAAACGAUAGUUACUGAAUAACCUUGAACGGUCACUGUGUAUACAAUAACAAUGGCUGACGAAAAACUCUCUGACAGAGAACUGUUAGUGAAAAUCAGCGCAGGUGUUACUGAUACAAACGAAGAAGUCAAGUCAUUGAAGUCAAUGUAUUCCAUUAUGAGCAGAGAUAUCGAUGAAAUGAAAAAGGACCAACGGAAGUUUGCUUCAGAACACGACGACUUAUGUACAACAGUAGGCCUACUGAAAAAAAGGCUUUUGUCAAUGGAGAGGGAGUCAAGAAAUAAAAAUCUUUUAAUUUUUAAACUGCAAGACGAGGAAAAGUUCAAUAAAAACUUAUAUCUCUCGAUUUCCGAGAUCUUCAAGGCGAUAAAAGUGGAGAUUCCGGAACAUGCCAUCGAGUCUAUUUAUAGAUUCGGAAAGUCCAGUGGAACGAGACCCGUAAUGGUGCGCUUUACAUCACCGAGAUGGAAAUCACUCCUGUUUCGCAGCGCGAAGGAUUUACGCGAGCUGGGACUAGCAAUCUCCAAUGACCUCACGGAAGAUGAAAGAAGAGAGCGCAAGCUGCUCUUACAAUUUCAGUCUAGAUUGAGGGAGCAAGGACAAGAAACAAAAUUAAGGGGAAGUUAUCUUAUCAUUGAAAACAGACCUUACUCCGUAAAAGAUCUACAACGAGAAUCUGAAACUAUCACAGCUGCUGAGAAGGAGGACAUGGAGGUGGGGGGUGAUGAGUCAGACUUAGAGGAAGUGGCAACAGGAAUAACCGCAACACCUAGGAAGAAGCGCAGACUAAAACAACAGGAGAAAGAAGUCAAGAGAGGGCGCUCUGUAGGUUCCACUAAACCCAAGGCAAUCAAAGAUAUGAAACCCUUAACACAGUUUUUUCGAACGGACAAAAUUCGCGAUUCUUUGGCGGUUGUCCCAGGAAAAGAAUAG